GGGGAUAAGAAAAGAUAAUACCAUUGCGACGGCAACGCAAAUGGCUCGCGCCAUCACAAGCGCUUCCUUCUCCGCCUCGCCUCCCGGCGCUCCACACCUCGCCCUCCGCCACCCCUGGAUCACCCGGUCGGUUUCCGCCAGCCUCCAUUCGUCUCCGAUCGGGCUCGCGCGAAGCCCCAGACUGCUCGCGCGUGCGACGGCUCCCGUGGCCUGCGCCCCCGACCUCCUCCAGGCUGCAAAAGUUACGGUGGAUGAGUAUGUGAGAAACGGCAUGGUGGUUGGGUUGGGUUCGGGACGCGCCUCCGGCUUGGCUAUAAAGUAUCUGGGCCAGCGGCUGCGCGAGGGAGCUCUCAAGGGCAUUGUAGGAGUCCCCACUUCUGUUUCCAGUGCAAGCGAAGCAGCAAAAGCAGGAAUUCCACUGAACAACUACCAGGAGAAUCUUCAAAUUGAUUUUGCAUUUGAUGAUGCUGAUUUGAUUGAAGAGAGAACACUAAUCGCUAUAAUUGGACGGAGAAAAUUUGAGGGUGGGGAGUCCAUAAUUGAAGAAAAGUCAAUUGUGAAAACAGCUAGUGGACUUGCUUUCAUUGUUGCUGAGAAUCAAUACACAAGUGAUCUUGAUGGAUCUAUUCCAGUCUUGGUUAAUAGUGGUAAUUGGCUGGAGACUGCUGAAGAAAUAGAUGAUUUGUUUCUUGGAGAUGCUGAGGUAUGGAGAAGACCAUCAUCUGGCGAUGCAGGUCCACUGGGGGGUGACUUCCCAUUGGUUACUAGAGAAGGACACCAUGUUCUUGAUGUCAUUUUCACAUCUCCUAUACUUGAUCUAGGUAAAGAAUCAACGACAAGUAGCAGAAAGCCUGGACCAAAUUGACGGUGUUGUGGACCAUGGAAUAAUAUGUGGCAUUCCAUGCACUGUGAUAAUUGCCUCAAAUGACGGAGUAGAAGUUGUCGAUAACUUGUCGAAGGACCGAGUAAUUGACAGCUUAUGAAGUACUCUGCUAAGAAACUGGAAAUUUUAUUUUAUGCACAUCAAUAGUUCAAUAAGCUGAAAUCACUUUGGAUGUAUUGCAGGUCCAAAGAUUAAUCUAGGAUGCACGUACCAUGGAAGAGGCAUCAUUUAAUUCAUCUGAUUGUGCUGUCCAGGCCUAAAUUGUUUUGACUUCAUCAUUGAGAUGAUAAAUACCAAAUGUUUUUUUUGUUUUUGGAGGUGGUUUGCAUACCCACAGUCACUUCUGAUGGGGAGUGAUGUAAAUGGCUAUAGAAAACCAUCAACCCAUAUGUCUCUGUGCACAUAACAAGCUACGUAUGAAUGCAUUAGUCGUAAUUGCUGGA